UGCGUAUUUGCCUUCUUAACGUCCUUGUACCAUUAAUUUGUCUACUUAAUUUUCAUUUUUCAAGAGAUUUUAUGUCUGACCAUGCAAAUAUAGCAUAACGAGUAGUUUUAAAGCAGUUGUUACGCGUUUUGUAGUAGGUAUUUGUUUAGGUGUAUGUGCGUUGUGUAGGUCAUUCGUUGAUGUCUCUAAAUUAGUUUAAAUCUAUUUAUAGCGGGUGACGUUAACUUUUUUUACCUACUCGGCUGGCUCCUUCGAUAAAUCCGUUCAUUUCGUAAACAUGUUGUCCGCUCGGUGGCAUAUCAUUCUGAUUCCAUUUCUGAGUCAAGUUCGUCCAGUCUGUCCGCAAAAAACAUUUUGGUGGGAAAAUUUAAAAAUAUUUACUAACGCGCUGAUCUUGGGCAUCAAUGGUGCAUACAGAGGAAUCGAGUUGACUAAUAUCACUAUUAACAGACACAUAGUGACAUUCAAAAUGCGAGACACCAAAACUAAGACUGCCAAAUCAUUUGUGAUUCGGGAUGAAAUUAUGAAUAUUUUUAAAAACAACUCAAAAUAUAUUGUUUUGGCCGCUAACACUAUCAUAACAGCCAAGUCUCGUGAAGAUCUACACGACGCCUCGUCAGCAUCACACCAGCAACAUCAAUCACCUUACACAGAUCAACAGCCAGGCUCCCGUGACCCUCCAGUUUACAUUAAGCAUUGUAGUCCUGAUGAGAAAAUCAAAAUUGAUACCCACCCAAAAUCUUCCAGCACACGUUCACUGCCAUGUGAUAUUUAUCAUUAUUAUAUUAUCAUUAUAUUAUUAUUAUCAACCACCAUUAUACACUGCAGCCAGAUUGGAGAUUGGCCACUUGGUGGAUCAAAUUCUCAGCCACUAUUGCCUGCUCAGCGGGAAGUAAGGACAAGUGAACUGUCAACCAGUGUCACGGCAUCCUCACAGCCAGGGUCAAUUUCAAAUAAACAGCAAACGAAUAUUCAUGGACCUCGUGAAAAAAGAGCAGUUACAAUAACCACUAGCCCUAAUAUGUCAAAUGUUAAUUUUCCAUCCAAUGAUGCACCUGGUGGAACAAGAACAAUUACAAUAACGACUAGCCCUAAUAUGUCAAAUGUUGAUUUUCAAAUCAAUGAUCAACCUGGUGGAACAAUAACAGUAACAAUAACCAGUUGCCCUAAUAUGUCAAACGUUAAAUUUAUUUUCAAUGCUAGACCUGGUUCAACAAUAACAGCUACACUAACCAAUUGUCCUAAUAUGUCAAAAGUGACAUUUAUUUUCAAUGCUGCACCUGGUAGAACAAUAACAGUUACAUUAACGGAUCGCCCUAACAUGUCAAACGCUGAAUAUAUUUACAACUAAAUUUGUCACAAUCAUGUAAAUUUCUUGUUAUAUGUAACAUACUAAGAGCAUUUUUCGCAAAAUGCCCUUAGUAUAUUAUACAACGCAUAAUUGUUCGAAUCCGACUUGAAUCUACCGCGAUUAGACAUGGGCAGCGGGUAAAUACCUGA